UACAACUUUAUGCAUUGCUCAGUACAAAAACUAGGUGCAUUGGUAAUGUUAACAACAAGUUCAUACAGAAUCCAAAUGGAUAUGCUCUGAGAGUUGAAUUGUAAACACAAUUUCAGUAUUGGAAAGGAGAUAUCAAGCCUUAUCCAAGUGACUGACUGGCUCACAGCAAAAUGUAAGACAGUAGUGUAACAAUGGCUGACAGGAGUUGUCUGGAAAAGGAAUGAAAAACAAAAAAAAAGGAGAUUUUGUGAAAAGUAGCCUUGGAAUCAGGACUCAAUGUAAUUUGUGACAAGAAUCUUUCAACAAUUAAUCGUCUCAUGAAAUUCAAGAAAAUAAUUAUACUGGAGAGAAACCUUACAAGUGUAGAUUCUGUGGCAAGACUUUUAUACCACCAAUUAAGUUCUUACAGCAUUCAGUAAAAAUGUACAUAGGAGAGAGACCUCACAAGUGUAGAUUAUGUGAAAAGACUUUAAAAGACAAAAAUUCUUGCAUACGUCAUGAGAGAAUUCACACAGGAGAGAGACCUUUCAAGUGUAGAUUCUGUCACAAAACUUUUACUCAAAAAGGACAUUGCACAGAGCAUGAGAGAAUUCAUACUGGAGUCAAACCUUACAAGUGUAGAUUCUGUGACAAAACUUUUAUAGACAAAACUUCUUGCAUAGUGCAUGAAAGAAUUCACACAGGAGAGAAACCUUACGGUUGUAGAUUCUGUGACAAAACUUUUACAGACAAUGCUGUUUGCAUAUGUCAUGAGAGAAUUCACACAGGAGAGAGACCUUACAAGUGUAGAUUCUGUGACAAAACUUUUACUCAAAAAGGCCAUUGCACUGAGCAUGAAAGAAUUCAUACUGGAGACAAACCUUACAAGUGUAGUUUCUGUGACAAAACUUUUAGAGACAGAGCUUCUUGCAUAAAGCAUGAAAGAAUUCACAUAGGAGAGAAACCUUACAAGUGCAGAUUUUGUGACAAAACUUUCACUCUAAAAAGUUAUUGCAACGUGCAUGAAAGAAUUCACACAGGAGAGAAACCUUACAAGUGCAGCUUCUGUGACAAAACUUUUACAGUCAAAACUUCUUGCAUACAGCAUGAAAGAAUUCACACAGGAGAGAAACCUUACAAGUGCAGAUUCUGUGACAAAACUUUUACUCAAAACAGUCAUUGCAAUGUGCAUGAAAGAAUUCAUACCAGAGACAAACCUUACAAGUGUAGUGUCUGUGACAAAACUUUUAAAGAAAACAAAUCUUGCACAGAGCACGAAAGAAUUCACACAGUAGAGAAACUUUACAAGUGUAGAUUCUGUGAGGAAACUUUUUCUCAAAAAGGCCAAUGCAGUGCGCAUGAAAUAAUUCACACAGGAGAGAAAAAUUACAAGUGCAGUUUCUGUCACAAAACUUUUAAAGACAAAAAAAAUUGCAUAUAUCACAAGAGGAUUCACACAGGAGAGAAACUUUCUAAGUGCAGAUAUUGUGGCAAAACUUUUACUCAAAAAAGUCAUUGCAACAUGCAUGAAAGAAUUCAUACCGGAGACAGACCUUACAAGUGUAGUUUCUGUCACAAAUUUUUUAAAGACAAAUAUUCUUGCAAAGAGCAUGAAAGAAUUCACACAGGAGAGAAACCUUACAAGUGUAGAUUCUGUGAGGAAACUUUUACUCAAAAAAGCCAUUGCAAUGUGCAUGAAAGAAUUCACACAGGAGAGAAACCUUACAAGUGUAGAUUCUGUGAGGAAACUUUUACUCAAAAAAGCCAUUGCACUGUGCAUGAAAGAAUUCAUACUGGAGACAAACCUUACAAGUGUAGAUUCUGCAAUGAAGGUGAGCCUAACAAUGCUCCAGAUUCAGAGGGGGAGACAGAUGAAAUAAGAAAUGUGGAAAAUAAACUGACAAACAAUAAUGCCAUAACCUAUCACAUAUACAAGGAAGAAAGAACAGAAUACUAUCAUAAAGAUGAUGACACUUUUACCACAGAGAAUGUCACCAUCAUUACUGACAAUGAUGUCUAUGAAAUACUGGCAUGA